GGGCGGAAGGCGGGGCGUGGGGGUCGGAGGCUGCGGGGCGCAGGCCGCGGGGCCGGGCCGGGGGCAGCGAGCGAGCGAGCGGGCGGGCGGAGGCGCGGAGGAUCCCAUUCACUCGCUGGGGAGACCUAUGGGCCGAAGCCGUGUAAAUGCGUUUUAAGCAGGGGCCUCGGCUCCGCAACUGCCACUCCUCCUCGGGGUGUUGCACAAGUUUCGAGGUCACCGGCGAUCCCCCCUAGCAGCGCGCCUGGCUCUGGCCCCCCGCGAAGGAGGACGGGGCUUGUGUGUUGCAUACUUUCUAAGGCGGUGGCCCAAGCAGCCAGCGGCUCCAAGGCAGUGAGUGGCUCCAUCCAGCCUGUGGGCUCUUCCUGCUCGGCAUGGCUGGCUACCUGAGUGAAUCGGACUUUGUGAUGGUGGAGGAGGGUUUCAGCACCCGCGACCUGCUGGAGGAGCUCACUCUGGGGACCUCACAGGUCACCACGGGUGAGGUCGCCGCCUUCUUCGUGGCUGACCUGGGUGCUGUAGUGAGGAAGCAUUUCUGCUUUCUGAAGUGCCUGCCCAGAGUCCGGCCCUUUUACGCUGUCAAGUGUAACCGCAGCCUGGGAGUGCUGAAGGUCCUGGCGGAGCUGGGGCUGGGCUUCAGCUGUGCCAGCAAGGCAGAGAUGGAAUUGGUCCAGCAUAUUGGUGUCCCUGCCAGUAAGAUCAUCUGUGCCAACCCCUGUAAGCAAAUCGCACAGAUCAAGUACGCUGCCAAGCAUGGGGUACGGCUGCUGAGCUUCGACAACACGGUGGAGCUGGAAAAAGUGGUCAAGAGCCACCCCAGUGCCAAGAUGGUUCUGUGUAUCGCCACCCAUGACUCCCACUCCCUGAACCACCUGAGCCUGAAGUUCGGAGCAUCUCUGGAAUCCUGCAGACACCUGCUUGAAAAUGCCAAGAAGAGCCAUGUGGAGGUGGUGGGUGUGAGUUUUCACAUUGGCAGUGGCUGUCCUGACCCUCAGGCCUAUGCUCAGUCCAUCGCGGAUGCCCGGCUUGUGUUUCAAAUGGGUGCCGAGCUGGGCCACACAAUGCACAUUCUGGACCUUGGUGGUGGCUUUCCUGCCUCAGAGGAAGCCAAAGUGAGAUUCGAAGAGAUUGCUUCUGUGAUCAACUCAGCCUUGGACCUCUACUUCCCCGAGGGCUGUGGUGUGGACAUUCUAGCUGAGCUGGGACGCUACUACGUGACCUCCGCCUUCACUGUGGCAGUCAGCAUCGUCGCCAAGAAGGAGGUGCUUCCGGACCAGCCAAGCAGGGAGGAAGAAAGUGGUUCCACCCCCAAGACCAUCGAGUACCACCUUGAUGAGGGCGUGUAUGGGAUCUUCAAUUCCGUCCUGUUUGACAAUACCUGCCCCACCCCCACCCUGCAGAAGAAACCAUGCUCGGAGCAACCCCUAUACAGCAGCAGCCUGUGGGGUCCAGCGGCUGAUGGCUGUGACUGCGUGGCUGAGGGCCUGUGGCUGCCGCAACUACACGUAGGGGACUGGCUAGUCUUUGACAACAUGGGCGCCUACACCAUGGGCACAGAGUCCCUCCUCAGGGGGACCAAGGCCUGCCGCAUCACUUAUGCUAUGUCCCGGGUAGCCUGGGAAGCACUUCGAGGGAAGCUGCUGUCUGCAGAAGAUGACCAGGAUGUCGAGGGCGUGUGCAAGCCUCUGUCCUGUGGCUGGGAGAUCACAGACACCUUGUGUGUGGGCCCUGUCUUCACUCCGGCAAGCAUCAUGUGAGAAGGCCUGUCCCCUCCCUGCCGGAGAACCCCAGCGGGGCUGUGGAGAUGCCUCGGGAAGAGGUGAGGGAUGCAGAAAGCUGGCACCUUCCAGCCAGGACUCUGGUGCUCCCUCUGCCGCCCCCACCCUGCACCUGUAGUGUUUCUGCCCUGUAACUAGGACCAGUCUUACACUCGCUGUAGUUCAAGUAUGCAACAUAAAUCCCGUCCCUUCCAGUUGUGUCUGCUUCCUCUGCAGUGCAAGGGGUCUGGUCAGUCAAGUGUGGGAGUGUUCUCGGGGUCGCCCUGGGUUUCCUUCCAACCUUUGUAAAUAAGAAACAAAUAAAUAUUUAGAUUUUU